UUCAAUUAAACCAAAUUAGUAAUUAAAUGAUUGUAUUACGAAAUGCAUAAGUGGUGGCAGUGGUUAAAUGAAUUAAAUCCUUUUUAGAUUCUAGAUUAAUUAUAAGGCUAAAUAACUCAAGAAGUCAAGCGGAAAAUUUUUAUAAGUUAUUUCGUAACUUCAAAGUUUCAAUUAUAACAACUACGUUGACAUAAGAUUAAAAUGGCGGUUUUGAAAAAUAUUUUCUUUCUCAUUUUAAACAUAGUCGGCUUAGUCCGGUCUUACGAACCUUGUGGGGAGAGUCUUUCUUGUGUAGUAGGCUACUGCUGUGCAGACAAUACAAAGUGCUGCUAUACUGAAUGGAGCGUAGGCCUUUUUGUUAUGCUAGGAUUUAGUAUCGUCAUCUUCCUCUGCGUUAUUGCUGCGGUUGCCUGCUUUUACAGGAGACGCUCCUACACAGUGGCGCCGUUUCACCAAUGUGCGCCAGUACAAACGGGAUACAUACCCCCUGCCCCGACCGGACAGGCGAGAUUUGUCAACCCAAUGGUGGAACAGAUAUAUUACUCUCCGCACUGAUAUUUUACCUUCACAACUUCAGCUUUUGCCAUUCUGCCCUGAUAUUUCACCUUCAUAACUUAAGCUUUUGCCAUUCUUCUCCUGAUAUUUUACCUUCACAACUUAAGCUUUUGCAAUUAUGCCCUGAUAUUUUACCUUCAUGUUUUGCCAUUCUCCUCUGAUAUUUUACCUUUACAACUCAUUUUUUUGCCAUUCUGCCCUGAUAUUUUACCUUCACAACUCAUGUUUUGCCAUUCUGCCCUGAUAUUUUACCUUCACAACUCAUGUUUUGCCAUUCAGCGCUGAUAUUUUACCUUCUCAACUCAUGUUUUGCCAUUCUGCCCUGAUAUUUUACCUUCACAACAUUCUCCCCUUAUAUUUUACCUUCACAACUCAUGUUUUGCCAUUCUCCCCUAAUAUUUUACCUUCACAACCCAUGUUUUGCCAUUCUGCUCUGAUAUUUUACCUUCACAACUCAUGUUUUGCCAUUCUUCCCCUGAUAUUUUACCUUCACAACUCAUGUUUUGCCAUUCUCCCCUGAUAUUUUACCUUCACAACUCAUGUUUCGCCAUUUUGCCCUGAUAUUUUACCUUCACAACAUUCUCCCCUGAUAUUUUACCUUCACAACCCAUGUUUUGCCAUUCUGCCCUGAUAUUUUACCUUCACAACUCAUGUUUCGCCAUUUUGCCCUGAUAUUUUACCUUCACAACAUUCUCCCCUGAUAUUUUACCUUCACAACCCAUGUUUUGCCAUUCUGCCCUGAUAUUUUACCUUCACAACUCAUGUUUUGCCAUUCUGCCCUGUUAUUUUACCUUCACAACUCAUGUUUUACCACUCUGUCCUGUUAUUUUACCUUCACAACUCAUGUUUGCCAUUCUUCUGCCCUGUUAUUUUACCUUCUCAACUUAUGUUUCACCAUUCUGCACGUGUUUCACGAAACUUUUACCAACCUUGGCAUUUUUAUCAAAAUUGUGUGUAACACUAAAUACAAUAUAACUCUUCUCAGAUUUGCUUCGUUAUUCUGUUCACUAUCAUGCAAACAUAUUGUAUUAAAAUUGCCUGUUAGUUAUUAUUUAUUCACUAUUGUUUGUACAGGUAUAAAAAAAAUUAUAACCAAGACUUCAAGUUUAACUUUGUACGGAACGGUUUAUAGUUCACAAUACACAUAUACUCGUAUAUAUAUGUUUACAUUUUUGUUCUUCCAAAACAAUCAAAGCAAUACACAGCAAUUAACUUUAGUCAGUUAGCAAAUAAAAGGCAACUGCUACCACCAACUUGUACCAAGUAUAUAUUCAGUAUAUAAUAAAAUAUUCAAUUAUUAAUAGAAUUAUAAUUAGAAACCAAUCGAAUCACUUUAAUAGUAAAGACUCGUAACUUAAAGCAGCCUUUGGAUAUUUCACCAUGUUUAUUAUCCCCCGCCUAUGCAAUAGGGAGGGGGAUAUUGAAAUGGCGUUGUCCGUCCGUCCUUCCGUCCGUCCGUCCGUCUUUCCUUCCGUCCGUCCUUCCUUCCGUCCGUCCGUCCGUCUUUCCUUCCGUCCGUCCUUCCUUCCGUCCGUCCGUCCGUCCGUCACCUGCGUUUUCUCAGUAACUAGCCGGUAUAAUUUCAUGAAACUUAAAAUAAAUAUGAACCAGUAUACUGGAAUGAUGCCCGUCCAAAAAAAAUUCGAUUGGUCAAUUGUCCUUGGAGUUAUUGCCCUUGAUUUUUUGAAAAAUGCACAUUCACAGCCAUUUCUCAGUCACUAGCUGGCAGAAUUUCAUGAAACUUAAAAUAAAUAUGAAUUACUAUACUGGGAUGAUGCCUGUUCAUUUAUUUUUUUGGAUUGGUCAAUUGUACUUGGAGUUAUUGCCCUUGAAUUUUUGAAAAACUCUCAUUUACAGCCAUUUCUCAGUAACUAGUUGGUAGAAAUUCUUGAAACUUGAAAUAAAUAUGAACCAACAUACUGCGAUGAUGCCUGUUUAUUUAUAUUUUGGAUUGUGUAAUUUCUAUAUGAGUUAUUUGCCCUUGAUUUAUUAAAAGAUCCAUGUUUGCAGCCUUUUCUAUGCAACUAGCUGGUAGAAUUUCAUGACACUUGGAAUAAAUAAGAACCAACAUACUGUGAUGAUGCCUGUCUAUUUUUCUUUUGGAUUGGUCAAUUUUCCUUAGAGUUAUUGCCCUUGAUUUAUAUUAAAAAAUCAUUGUUUUCAGCCGUUUCUCAGCAAAACCAAUGUGCUUAUCUUAUUCUUUCUGAGAUUUUUUUAACCUUCAAGCACAAACAAGCCAUCAAGCACAAACAAGCCAUCGUUGGCGGGGGAUAUCUUUCACUGAAAAUGCUUGUUUGAUUUUUAUGCUCAUAAUAUGUCACAUUCUCUGCCUGAUAUUUUUAACAUGAGAGGUAAUUAUUGUGUAAAACCAUUGCUUUUCUUAAGUCAAACUCAAAGUAUUCUUAUUUGAAACAUUAAAACUAGAAUAAGGUUACAUUUUAUUUCAUUAUAUUGUUACAAACUGACAGAAAUAAACUUUAACAAAACUGUU